AUGGCCGCGAUACCUACAUACAACAACUGCGGAAACCAACCUUGCCGCAAACGAACCCCCCUCCCCUCUUCUCCAUCCCCCCCCAAAUGUGCCAUGCAUAACCGACCCGACCCGAUCAGCAGACCAAAAUACUCAAAUACCAUGCGCCGUCCUGCAGAAGACCGCAAGGCGAAAGGCAACACCAGGCAGGCUAGCGGCCACCGGAGGGCAGUUGCAACUUUUGCAGCGCGCCAACAAACACAUAUGGAUGUCAAACUAGAGAAAGUAUGGCUGAAUACGGGGUGCCAGCGGCCAUCUUUUGCGACCCAAUGUUUGGCCCCUUUUUUCAGUAUGUCGAGGGAAAAAAAACCUCCACGCCCCUCCCAAAGAGAUGGUGGGAGAAUGGAUUGGAAAAACCGCUCAAUUGUUGCAGAAUAUAUUGACACGUCGACUUUUUGUGAGGAAACCGGGGUGUUGUUGUCGUUGUGUUGUUGGUUUCCACACCACCACCACCACCACGAAAACCAUCAACACCAUGAUCAUCAGGGCAGAGCAGACAGCUUUCUCUGCCUUCUUUUGACGAUCUUUGCCUCGACAUACAAUGGAUAG